CCGUAGCGUCUUAUUUGACUUGGAGUGAUAAGAAUCUGGAUUUCUUUAGUUUAGCUGCUGAAAGUUGACUUUUAUCAUGGCGAGUAAAGAAAACUGAUACUUUGUUAGUGUUGGUGUGUGUGUUCGUCACACUCAUGCAUACCAAAAAUCUGAACUGCGACACAGAUCAUGGAGAGAUUGAGCCAGCGUCUGAUUUAGAGCAGGAUGCUACAGUGAAGUUGGAACAGGAGCGAGCUGAGAUACUUGCCAAAUAUGACAAGGGUAAAGAAAAUGCGGAGGUGGAGCCGUGGGAGGAGGCCAAUUUUGAUCUGUAUAAAGCGGUGGACCGCUUCGGAUUCCUGCAUGAGGAUGAGCUUCCAGUGUAUGACGUAGUGGAGGAAAAGCAAAAACAUCUGGAAGUGGAUAGAACGACAAAAUGGCUGAAAAUGUUGAAGAGCUGGGAGAAAUACAAGAACAGCGACAAGCUGGUAAGGAGGAUCUAUAAGGGAAUUCCACUGCAGCUCAGAGGUCAGGUUUGGUGUUUGCUGCUCGACAUCCCCAAAAUCAAGGAGGACAAAAAGGACUUCUAUGAGAAACUGAAGAUCAGAGCCAGGGGGUUGUCUCCAGAUAUUCGUCAGAUUGAUCUGGAUGUGAAUCGUACAUACAGAGAUCACAUCAUGUUCAUGCACCGCUAUGAUGUCAAACAGCAGGAUCUGUUUCAUGUGCUCACAGCAUAUUCUGUAUAUAACACGGAGGUGGGCUAUUGUCAGGGCAUGAGUCAGAUCACUGCUCUGUUACUCAUCUAUAUGAAUGAGGAAGAUGCUUUCUGGGCACUGGUCAAACUGCUGUCUGGACAGAAACACACCAUGCACGGCUUCUUUGUACCAGGGUUCCCUAAACUCAUGCGCUUCCAGGAGCAUCAUGAACGUAUCCUGCAGAAGAUUAUGCCUAAGCUCAAACAACAUCUAGAUAAUCAAGAGGUGUACACCAGCCUGUACACUAUAAAAUGGUUUUUUCAGUGUUUCUUGGAUCGGACUCCAUUCACGCUCACGCUGAGAAUAUGGGAUAUUUAUAUUCUGGAAGGAGAGCGAGUUCUGACUGCGAUGUCUUACACCAUCCUCAAGCUCCACAAAAAAAUCCUCUUGAAGUUGUCCAUGGAGGAGCUGGUGAAGUUUCUGCAGGUGACUUUGUCAAAGGAUUUCUUUUUUGAGGAUGACUUUGUGAUAGAGCAGCUUCAACACUCCAUGUCUGAGCUCAGACGAUCUAAACUGGAGCUGCCACCUCCAGGUAAGGAUGAUGAGUUUCCUAAGAAACCAUUAGGUCAACUUCCUCCUGAGCCUCCAGGAUUGGCAGCAGCAGCAGCAACGAAUCAUAUGGCUAACGGGCAGCCGGUCGGGAAGACGGUUGAGGGCCUUCCCCCUCGUGUUUCAAGCCCUGCCGCAAGCGUCAGUAAACAAGCAGAGUCUGGUCCUGUCACUGAUGGAACACCAAAGAGGUACCAAGAAAGUCGGCCACCCAGCUCAUUGGAAAGGGUGCCUCAUCCAGACAAGAGUGAGAGGGAUCGACGAGGUGUGGACAUUCAAAAGGAACGAGUCCCAACCCACAUGCCCAACAGCAGCUCAACAGGUGGUGGGAAGGUGCUGACCCAGAAUCAGGCAAAUCACAACUCCAAUGCUAGAUCCAGCAUGCGCAGGGACAUUGCACCUCGCUGGGUCAAGCCUUCAGAGGGCAAACUGGAAGCAGUCAAGGCUGCAGCACGGGAAAGCCAGUUGAGUCUAACUAUGGGUGUUCCACCCUCGCCCAGCUCCCCAACUCCAGAGGCGGCCACCGGGGCACAGUGCAGACCCCAUUCACGAGCAUUUGUUCCAGGCUCCAACCGUGCCUCCAAUGCCUCGCAAUACGACAAUGUCCCAGGACCAGAUGGAGAGGUUAUGGAGAUUAUAGAGCUUGAGAAACCACCCUCUCGCCCCCCCUCCCGACCAUACGUUGGGCCUUCUUUGAGACAGGGCAGUCCCACCCGUCUCCCUAGUGAUGGAACUGGCGUCUCUCCCUUUAGAAUGCCCAAACAGAGCAUGAUGCAAUCCAAACCAGAACCCCGUGCACCUCUGCACUACCCACCUGGCAUGACUCCUGUCUACACUCCCUACGUUUCUGAUUCUCGGUCUGAGGACAGACUAUACGGGCAGCCGUAUGCCGAGCAAAUUUACGCAACUACGAGACGUGGCUCAUCUAACUCUUCGCCUGAGAAAACACUGAUGAACAACAGCUACUUAACCUACCGACGGCAAUCGCCAAACAUGCCCCCUCUCAGGGUUGCUCCGGCUGAGCUUUCGUCCCAGAUAGACAGUGUUGGCGAGGGCGGGUAUUACAUGCGACAACCCACCCGGCUGCUGGGCUCUUCCCCUUACCCGCCCACAGAACUGCGUUAUGAGGCACACAGACAGAAAGAGGGCUGGUAUGGGGACAUGGAGGCGGGACCUCCACGGUCUCCUGUGGGACUACCUCGAUCUCCCAGCUUCCAGAAAGCGCAGCUCUCUCCCAUUCACCCCGUUCAGGAGUUUAACUUUGCACCUGCAAAUAUCUCGGACGCUGUGCUCCAUUUCAGAGGACCCUACCAAGAGCCCUCCAGCAGGCAACAGCUCCCCCCACUGUUUGGUGGAACACACUACAGGCAGGCGCAGGAGGCCUUUGCAAUGCAGGAGUCCAUGCUGCUCUAAGAGGGACUGACAGGGACCAAGAUAGACGGAUACACUGUAUGAGUGAUGGCUAGCAAGCAGUUUUGUGUUGGUUUAAUGUUUUUUGCAUUCUGUUUUGUUUGUUUGUUUGUCUGGCAAGUCUUACCACAUCAAAGGCUGACUGAAGAAAUGUACUUUUGUUUUUGUUUGUACAUUUUUGUCUGUAAAAUAACCAUUAACUGCUGAUGUGAGUUAUAUAACAAAGCUUAAAUGUGCAAAGAGAUAUUUUUUUUGGUUCGUUUGGUUAGCACACUGAGAUAUUUAAAUAGAGAGUUAUGGAGAGUCUUUUUCAUAUGGACAAACUCAGUUACUGAUCAAUUAUCAUCUAUUUUUUUAAUGCAUUUCAGACAUAAACAUAAAGUUUAGAGGACACUUUAUUCCUUGAUUGUGAAUAUAUAUUUUUAACAACAAAGAUUUGUGUAAGUUGGAUAUGUAUAUUAUAAACAACUGUAACAGUGAACAUAAUCGCUGUUUGACAGAACUUUUCAAUGCAUCACUACAGUGUUCAAGUGAAAGUAAGAACCUUGUUUGUAAGGCUUGUGUUUUGAGGUUAUACAUAAAAAUGCAGAUAUUUAAUCUUAAGUUGAAAGGGAAUUUUAGGGGGUAUGUGCGUUCUCAAAAUCUGUUGCACUGACCAGCAAGUAGAUAUCAUAUUUUCAGUUCAUCAAGGUAACAGAUCAAUAACUGAUGAGACCAACUGAUGCCAGAUCUUGAAUUAAAAUUAUAAAAGCUGCCUUGGAUGUGACCAGCAAAACUUGACAAUUGUGUUACUGUCAUUAGCAGAGAAGUCUGUAACAAAGGUUGAAUUUAAGUAAAUUGGGCCCCUUUGGACAGUUAAAGUGUCCCAAUUUACCCAAAUCAUCCGAAAAAUGUCUGUCUGUGAUGCCAGUGCAAGUUAUGCAAUUAGUUACCGAAUCACAAAUCUGUUCAGUAAUUCAAUAAUAUGGCUGGUAGUUUGUAGCAUGCAGCUGCUGUAUUAAGGUGGUUGUACCUGUGCUGUUACUCAGUGGAAUUCUUAAAAAAAAAAAACUUCAACUUUUUUACAACAGAUUAUCAAAUUCAAAUUUCACAAAAAGCACAGGUGUUAUACAUUAUAACACAAUCAAGCUGUACAGCUCAUUGAAUCUCUGCAGAUCUACUGGCAAAUUUUUUAGUCCGUAUUCCAGUCCACUCUGUCACUUUUGACCCCCUAACCUGUUUUUGAGUGAACCCAUUUAAUUUAAUGUAAUUUUAUUUUAUUUUUUUCAAAUCAGUACUAUAGUAAUUAACCAAGACAACAUAAGUAAAUUAGCAGAAAUGCACACCUGUUCUGCAAACCUUAGGGAUGUAUUUCAGUAAGGUUUAGGUGAGGCUGUUAAAGGGUUUUUUUUUUUGGAUUUGAUUUGAUUUUAUUUGAUUAUCCAUUUGCAUGGAGCCGUUAUCAGCAUUGCUUCCUCCAACCACAUGGACAUUGUUUAUCAUCUUACUUAAUGUUAUUCACUAAACAUUACUUUCCAUGUACCUUGACUUAUCCCCCUUUUUUUUUAUCGGCCAACUUGACUUGAUUUUAUGGCAGGGCAACACUACCAACUUAUUUCACACAUUCAUUUAUACACACCAGUAUGUUUGCUACUGAAUAUGUAGCAAAUGGAUUAUUUCAUAAUACACCCUAAUGACCGGUCCAAACAUUUACAUUUAUUAAUUCAGCAGACGCUUUUAUCCAAAGCGACUUACAAUUGAGGAAUACA